AUGUCCCCGUCUCUGCCCCUCCUCCUCCCUCCCUUCGUCCCUGACGACCCCUCCUUCCACCCAUCCUUCCACCUCCACGUCGACUUCUCCUUCCACCCCUCCUUCCUCCUCCCCAUCGACCCCGUCGACAUCCCAGACCCCUCCGCUACUACCUGUGAUGACCGCUGCCUGUCGCCUUGCCGUGUGCUGCCCCUCCCCCUCCUUCUCCCUGACCCUCCCUGCCCCGUCGUCGCUGCCCUCGACCUCUCCUGGCCCGACGACCCCUCCCUCGACGUCCUGCCGGAUCCCGGACCUCCCGGCAGCUGGGGCCCGGAGGCCAGCCGCUGGGACGCGGCGGCGCGGAGCAAGCACAGCUCGGCGUGCAGGGGCAGGAGCCGGCUGACCGCGCAGGAGAAGCUCGACAUCGUCUGCCUCUACUACUCCGCGCCGGCCACGACCAAGCACCGACGGACAAUCCGGCAGCGGGACCUGUCGAGGAUGUACGGCAAGAGCCGCCCAGCAAUCAGCAAGGUGCUGAGGCCGGAGUACGCGAGGGGGGUCAUGGCGACGGCUCGAGGGCUCAUGGUCAAGAACCGCAACGAGGUCCUCCACAACAUUGCGGAAGAGGAGCGUCUCAAGGGUGAGCUCGCACAGACCAUCACAACACUCAAGGUCAUGCGCCGAGGGCCAGGCAGAGCGACUGGCUGA